GAAAAGACAGAAUUAUAUUUGCGACCAAGGAGGACCACGAGACACCAAGCAGUGCUGAGCUGGUUGCAGAUGACCCAGAUGACCCUUAUGAAGAGCAAGGACUGAUAUUGCCCAACGGAGAUAUCAAUUGGAAUUGCCCGUGUCUGGGUGGAAUGGCUAGUGGUCCCUGUGGGGAACAGUUCAAGUCAGCCUUUUCUUGUUUCCACUAUAGCACAGAAGAAAUAAAGGGGUACGACUGUGUGGACCAGUUCCGUGCAAUGCAGGAANGCAUGCAAAAAUACCCAGAUCUUUACCCUCAAGAGGAUGAAAAUGAAGAAAAAGAGAAGUUGAGAGAAGAUUUGGAAGCUACUCCUCUGGAGGCUUCUGCUGCCAAAGCAGAGAAGGGAUCUAGCUAA